CUCCGCAUCUCACCCCAUUGAUAUCGUCCACAAUCAUGCCUCACCUCCUGGACCUGCCACCGGAAAUCCACUGUCUAGUCGCAGAAGAAGUCGCAAUUGGUGAUGAGCCUGCUACAUGGGAUUGCAAAAGCCUCCAGAGUCUCCGCCUUGCUUGCAAAGCCUUGUACGCCGCUUCUGUCGACAUCUUCGGUAUCGCAUUUUUCGUCAAGAGAAAUCAUGUCGUAUCCAGAUACAGCAUUGGAGAGUUGCUUACGAUCACCGAACAUCCGGCCUUUGGUCCUUGCGUCCGGAGUGUUCAGAUUGAGGUAUCUUGCAAAGAAUCAGUUGAUUCCGAAACGCGCCCUCUGGUCAACAAAGACGUGUUUCUUUGUUCUGGAAGCUUCUGCGGCGUUAUGCAGAAGGUCUUUGAAAACAUGAAAAAUCUCGGCAACUCCGUAGACAUUGUCGUGUGUGCUUCUGAGGGUGGCGGUAGCUUCGGUUGGGAGAAACUCGCAGUUGGUAAAGACGCCUUCUACCCCAUUUCUCACACUUUGAGGCAGACUCUUGAGGCGGCCGAUCUCUCUAAAGUCACGGUUCGAGGCCUAAGCAUUGAGUUGAGAGAUCGUGAGUAUAUGAGUUUCUUCGUUGGUCAGGGCGAGGUCGAUGCUCUCGAGGAAGCCGUCGCCGAAUGCUUGACUGCCAGAAUCGAUGACAACAUCAACUUCAGGUUUGCAGGAGGUGAUGAUUGCAAAAGCAGCAUCUCGUAUAAAGCUGACGAGCGGCUGUUGGAGCUACAAGGGGACCACAUCCAGCUGGAGGAUGAUUGUUCGGACUAUGUGUUUGACAAAUGGAUAGCCAAGAGGCCCGUCCGUAGACUGGAUAUCUCAGACUGCGAGCUCUACGGCACAGGGGAGGAGAUUAUGGCCAGGUAUCUCAGGCCAUUUGCAGAUCUGCAGGAGAUCAGAUUUGACCGCGUAUUGUUGGACAAGGACCCUGACUGGAGCGCGAUACUGAACUACCUUGCGGACCAUCACGAUCUAGUGCGCUGCAGUCUCAGUAAACUGGAAUGCUGGAUAGACGCAGCUAUCAGAGGUCAAAACGUGGCCGAUUUACCUGGCGGAUGUGCUACAUUUGUUGCUGAAGGGGAAGCAAUGGCCGCUGGUCUUCCCGAGAUUGCUAUCCUUUCCAAGAAGAGUGCUGCAACUUCUAAACUUUGA